GAUUCGUCUGUCUCCUCGCGGCUGGCGUUGGUGGGCCUGGACUGGGAUGCUGUUGCUGCUGCUGAUUUGCUGCUGCUGCUGCAGCAGUACUUAAAGAACUCAGCAGCAGACAGCAGCAGCAGCAGCAGCAGCAGCAGCAGCGAGGAGCCCCACGUCAAGAAAGUGGAGAUAUAUCUUUCGGAAUUUGGAAAGGAAAGAAUAGAAGUGGAAAAGAUUAAGGGGCCAGCAGUGGACUGGAAAGCUGCGGAGAGGCCGCGAAAGAAACGCUCAAAAGCAGCAGCAGCAGCAACAGCAGCAGCAGCAGCAGCAGCAGCAGAUGAAGGCAGCAGCAGCAGCAGCAGCGACGAGGAGAUGCAGCCUUCAGCUGAACAAGAAAAGGCUCUGCAGGAAGUCCUCAGGAAGUACCAGGUGGAACGUUCUCGUUACUAUUAUGCCAUUUGCUACUUCGACUCCGUCGAGACGGCGCAGCGAAUUUACGACGAGUUGGACGGCUGCGAGCUGAAUUUUGCCUUAAACGGGCUGGACAUUCGUUUUGUUCCUGAUGAGCUGGAGCUGCCUGCUGCUAACUUGACAGCAGCAGCAACUCGCGAGGAUCUGGCAGCAGCAACAGCAGCAGCAGCAGCAGCAGAGAGGCUGGCAGCAGCAGCAAACGGGCGCAGCAGCAGCAGCAACGCCCUCAGGCAUUCAAAAGUGGAACUCACUUGGGACGAAAGCCCCAAAGACAGAGUCAAAUUCCUCAGAAAAAAGUUUACAUCAAAAGAAUUGGAUGAACAAGACUUGGAUGCCUUUUUGGGUUCUUCGGAAGAUUCAGAAGAAGACACGGAGCUGCAGCAGCAGCAGCAGCAGCAGCAGCAGCAGCAGAAGGGGUGGAAGAAAAUCACUGAAGAGAACCUGGAGUCAUUUAGAAAGGAGUUGCUUGGGGAUCUCAUCCGAGUAACAAAAGACAAGAGGGAAAAGGGGAAGAAAAAGAAGACAGCAGCGGUAACUGAAUGGAAGGCACUUUGA